CAGCCAACACAGUACCAAGUCGAGAGCGACUAGUCCCGGCUACACAUCCCUCUGCAAUAUGUCGCCCUGUCUAGAGGACUGCCCGAAUGAGAUCAUCGAGACGAUCGUCGUACUGCUAGACUUGGACGAUAUUCGCAGUCUCCGUCAGAGUUGUCGAUCUCUAGCCGCAAAAACCACUCAGAACCAUUUUAAAUCGUACUAUCACUCGAAACGUGUUGAUAUUACCCUACCUGCUCUGAGAGCAUUUGUUGACGUGACUCAGCCUGGCCGACUCGGAUGUUUAGUGCAAGAAUUGAUACUAGUCGGCCUUACGAACGGCGCUGAGGGACAAAAUUCGAAGCCACAAUACGGUCCAGCUGAGACGGAGUUGGAUCUCCUCAGCCAAGCAUUCAAUGGUAUUGCCGCAAACAGGAAGAGCGGGCAACAUCUGUCACUCUCGCUUAAGGUUGCAGUUGUCCAAGAUGAUGCUAAACAGAGACUCCUCCCUGCUGAUGUAGCCAGAGGCGGCUGGAAGUUUGUCUGGCAAUCUGCGGCUCAGACAUUUCAUACAACGCUACGGGCUCUGGCGGCAAGCAGAUUGCCGCUUGAGAAGCUCGAUGUGUUUAAUGAUCGCCAGUCGCAGUCUUGUAGCAUUGCUUGCGACGAGCUGGGUCGCGUUGACUUUCAAGACAAGGGGCUCGCCAUAUCACUUUCGAGCCUCAAAUCUCUGUCUAUCAGCUUGUCGGACAAAAUCAUCGAGGAACUGCCCCCACCUAAUUUCUCUCAGCCUCCCAAGGAAAAGGACAUUCGCGAGGCCAAAAAGAAGGCGACGGCACGGAGCAACUUUGUUGGCCUUGUGAAACUUUUACAGCUUACCCGCUUACUCGACAGCCUCGAAAUACAUUACUACCGGCUUGACACCGCCGGACAUCUUCUUAGACCCUUUUCUGCUCACCAUGAACGCCUGUUGAAACAGGUAGCUGGAUCGGAGAAUCUGCCCAAAUUGAAGCAGUGCAGGCUCCGCGGAAUCUAUAUUAGUGACGGAGACUUAUUGGCCUUUAUUCAGCGAACAGCUACCCGCCGCCUGUUUAUAGAGAAAGUAGAUGUGUCUUCGGGAACGUUCAGAUCUAUCUUCGAUUAUUGUACCCGCGAGACUACGGGUAUAGAAGAGUUGUACUUUGACUAUCUGAUUGAGAAGGGCAAUUUGUUGUAUUUUCCUCCUCCUGACCAGGUCGGCCAUACGCAGGUCCCACGUCGGUCAACAACCUCACUCCAGAGGGUGGGCGCUAAGGUCAAGCAGCCGAUUAUUUAUCAUUAUCACCAAGGCAGGACUGAGGACACUCCUAGGACGAGGGCUUUGCAGCUACAGCGGCGUAGGGAGUAUGGUCCACUUUAGAGAUAGUAGCCAAAGCCUUACCUCUGCACCGUUAUAAGAAAGCAAAUAAUUCAAAGGAUUUGG